AUGGUCAUGCACCCGACCUCCUCCCCGCCUGCGCGGGAGGUCGCCUCAACUUCCCUCUUGUGGACUAUGAACGCGGAUGGGUCGCGGGACAUGGAAGAGGAGGAAGAAGAUGAGGUGGCUAGUCCACAGACCCUAUUGCGCCGUAUUCUUUCAUGUGAUUCCUGUGAUAUGACCCUCGGCUUUGAGUCCCUCUCUUUCAACCAGCUCUUGAGUCUGCAGGCAAGCAAUGAAUUGCGAGACUUUGCCGAUGAGUUUGACUCUGUAACAUACGCCUUAUUCUUUAAACUCUUAUGUGCUGCCUGGAAAGAUGGACGACCAGAUGUCGUAUGCAUCACAGAGGGCCUUCUCUCCUACGUGAUGGCCAUGCCAGAGUACAAUUCCCACACUGCCUCGGAGGCAGUCUCUCCUGAGCUCCUGCGUUCCGUCAUCUCCCGUUUUGACGGAGCACCCGAAAAGGAACACGCCUUCCUGCGCGAUUUUUUGCAUUUAUUGUACCGAGAUGCUUUGAAAUUCCGGCCGUUGCUUCGUGCACUGCUCGCACGCUUUCUGGCCGCCUUCAUUCACACCGGGAAGAAAACGAUGGCCGUGGCGCCGGUGCUGGAGGUCCUCGGCCACGUCAUCAAGGGCUUUGCCUCUCCUCUCACCAGCAUUCAUCGCCGCUUAUUUGUGUCCCUUCUCCUCCCCCUCCACGAAAACAACGACAUGUACGAAUGGCGGGACCAGCUCCCCGUCAUCCAGCUCUAUCACGAGCCGCUCGUUUUCUGCCUCACACAGUAUCUGGAGAGAGACCGCGGGUCUUUCGCCCUUCCCAUCUUAAGGCAGCUCUUGAAAAGCUGGCCGGAGAAAUUUGAGAGCAAUUCGGCCAAGGAAGUUCUUUGCCUGCACGAAUUGGGCGCCCUCCUCCAUUAUUUCUCCGAUCACGACUUCGCCGAGGCCCUUCCCCUUCUGCUCCCACGCUUAUCGCACUGCCUCGCCUCCGAUCACAGCCGUUGUGUGGAAAAGGCACUGAUUCUCUGGAAGGAUGAGGCGAUGGUUGGCUUUACUAUGCGAUUUGCCUCUCAAGUGAUCCGCGCAUUGUUCCGGAGCGUGUACCGCGACGGCGAGAAACACUGGAACGUGACAGUGAACAAGAUGAGGGUCUUGGUCUUAAAGACAUUCCAAGAGGCCGACGGGGACGUGUUCGCGGAGGUGGCAAGCAGAGAGGGUAGUAGGAGGAGACGAGAGGACGACGGGCGGGACAAAGGCGAGGGAGUAGGGAAGAAAGCGACUCCCGCAGUGUCGUCCAGCGCACACAUGCCUCCUCCGCCCCGCGCCCCGGCCUCCCUGUACGCGCAAGACGCAGCAGGAUGGAAACCUCCACGUCGCACAUCUGCCACCGUCCCUGGAGGACAGCGGCGGCAGCCCCCGGUGACUAUCACGGGAAUGGCGCCCUGGACCAAGCGCGAGGGCGUGCCCUCUGAUCGACUGCGGGGGCGUCUGGAGCAUUGGGGGCGUCAACAGCAGCCGCAGCCUCCGGUGGUCGUCACAGGCGUGGCUCCCUGGGCGAUGGACUCCAAUGUCGGGUACCUCGGGCCUGGGAGGACGGUCGAGGGCGGCGGCAAGAGCAGGAAUAUGGGCCAACGAAGAUUGUCGGCACAGCCACCCCCUCGGACCAGCUUGCCCCCCCCGUGGAGCAGCCAGUCCGACAGCCCCCUGUCGCAGCCGAUGGAAGAGUCUGACGGAAGACGGGGGCAAAUUGACGCAGUUUUGGAAGAGGAGGAAGGAGAGGCAGAAGAUGGGUUGAGGGAGGUGGAGGGGGAGGUAGGAAUGGGGCGGGGAGGAAGGCUUGCGUCAGAGGGGGGGGGCCCUAGGACUUCGCAGGCCACCACGAACACGCGCAGCAAGCCGAUAGAUCCAGACGGGUCCACUGCACGGGGCUCGACAAUCCACGCCGCCCUCGAAGGCGGGAGGGAGGGCCUCGAGCGUGUGCUGGGCUUUAUGGAGGAGUUCCGACCGGCCUCUUCCUCGGAGGGGCAAGCCUGGUACAAGCUGCAGUUGGAGCCCACGCCCACGUUGCUCCCAGAGAUGCGGUUCCACGACCUGGUUUUCGGCCAUGACUUGGGAUCGGGUGCCUUUAGCACGGUGCGGUACGCCCGGCACGUGACCAAGGACAAGACGAGGAGCGACUGGGCGGAGUUCGCCGUGAAAGUCAUUGACACCGCGCGCCUGGUCGAGCUGGGGUAUGAAGCAUGUGUGAACCGAGAAAUCGCGGUCUUGCGCCUCUUGUCCCACCCCGGGAUUGCUCGGAUGGUUUCUUCCUUCCGAUGGCGCGACGGCGUGUAUCUGGUCUUGGAGUACGCGAGUAAAGGUGACUUGCACUCCUACUUAGUCGCCCGCGGCUCCCUGGACGAGGACUCGGUGCGUUUCGUGGCAGGGGAGGUGGUGGCCGCCCUGUGCUCCGUGCAUGAGGCCGGCUUUGUCUACGGUGAUUUGAAGCCGGAGAACGUGGUGAUCACCGAAUCGGGACACGUGAAAGUCACCGAUUUUGGUGCCUGUCGCCCUCUCACGCCAGCGGCUCGGGCUACUUUGCGCGCCAGUCGUCACGCGAUUCAGCAGCUCCGGGAUGGAGACUGGCGUUCGGCAAAAGGCUUGGUUGCGGCGGGAGGAGAGAGGACUGGCAUGGGGAACGAAGUAGGUCCACAGGCAGUGCAGCCACCCGGGGGAGGCGCGGAAGGCAGGGGCAGAGGCCCUGAAGGAGGCCAGGGUAGCCCCCCGAGGAGCCCCGAGGAGCAUGGGCAGGACGGGGGGGGG